AUGCGGUUCCUGUCGAUUCUUGGGGCUUCAGCUCUCCUCAUCGCGCCUGCCUUCGCCCAAACCUGGACGCUCUGCAAUCCCCUCAAUACGACCUGCCCCCCCGACCCCGCACUGGGAAUCAGUCACAACUUUGUCUUUAACACCUCGAAAACCGUCUCCGACUCCUUCAACAUCACUGCCGGAGCUCUCACCUACGGCAGCAAUGGAGCCGAGUUCACCGUUGCCAAGAAGGGCGAUUCCCCCACGAUCCAAUCUCAAUUCUACAUCUUCUUUGGGUCGGUCAGCGUCAUCAUGAAGGCGGCCAGUGGUCAAGGCAUUAUCUCCUCGAUUGUCCUCGAAUCCGACGAUCUUGACGAGGUUGAUUGGGAGUUCAUGGGCGGGAAUAGCACUCACGCCGAGACCAAUUACUUCGGAAAGGGCAACGACACUUCAUUCGACCGCGCCUUCUACUACCCCGUCUCCUCCAAUGUUCAAGAGAAUUUCCAUAAUUACACGGUGGUUUGGACCUCUGAUAAGUUGGAAUGGUUAAUUGACGGGCAAUUGGUUCGAACGCUGCCGUAUGCAGCAGCAAAUGGAGGCAACACCUACCCGCAAACCCCCAUGACUGUCCGUCUGGGAAUCUGGGCUGGUGGAGAUCCUGGCAACUCGAAGGGAACAAUUGAGUGGGCAGGAGGUCUCACCGAUUACUCUAAAGGACCCUACACCAUGUAUGUUCAGAGUGCUACCAUCAGCGACGCCUCCACAGGCAAGGCAUAUGAGUACGGCGAUCAUUCCGGAAGCUGGCAAAGCAUUAAGGUCGUCACUGGAACCUCGCAAGUCAACCAAACUAUUGUCGCAACCGAGACUCCACACCUAUCUAUGGCUCAAAAAUUCCAAGCUCUCCCACAGACGACCAAGCUGGCAAUCUACGGUGGCAGCGGUGCCGCUGGAGCCCUCCUCCUCGCGGCGAUCCUCUUCUCUUGCAUCCGUCAACGAAGAAAAGGUCGCAAGGAGCGCGAUGCCUACAAUGCCAAGGUCGAGCAGGAACGUGAGGAAGCCUACCGCGACCAGAUGGAACUUCGCGAGAAGGGACUCGGAGGCUGGGACAAAAAAGAGUUCGAUCAUCAGGGCGAGGACGCGUUGGGCGGUUGGGGUGGAAGCUUUGUCCCAGCGGGAACACAAGCUAAUGCCUUACCCGCUGAGAAAUCGAAGUUCCCAGGCAGCGUUUCGGUGAACGAGGUUCCGUCGAGAAUGCAAACUCCUUCCUUGGCAAGCCCCGCGCCUCAAAGCCCAAGGCAAUGGAGUGGUGGAAACCAGGGUGGUUUAGUCCAAAAUGCUGGCAAUGCAUACUCGGGAGGAUAUGGCGGAAACCCCAAUAUUCCAAGAAGUCCCGCAUUCCCCCUGUCACCACAAGUUCCACAGCAAAGAAGCCCAGGGGGUUACACGAACAACGCGGGAUACUCGAGAUUUUAA